UGCCUACCCCUCUUUGCAUGCUCAAACCCACUCCUAGUCACACCCUUCUAAAUUGAAAGAAAAAAAAACAAAAAAGACCAACCACCAGCCGUUCCCUUCUCGGCCGUCGCCGAAAGAGACGUGGUGACCUCAUCGAAGGGGAAAGCACUUCCGUGUAGGCGAAGCUUAAACCGUCACCCUCCCCGACGUCGGUUAGCGGGUCCGCGCUCCUUUCCCACACGGCGUGACCUCGAAGGCGAGACCGCGCGAUAUAAAGCCACGGCUUGCGUGGCGGAGGCAGGUAAUGCGUCACGGCCUGGACGGCUGAGAACUGUCGGCGUCUGGGAUCCGAUGGGGAACUCGCUGGGGUGCUCGGCCUCCGGCGAGCGGCUGGUCUCGGCGGCCAGGGAUGGCGAUCUGGUGGAGGCCCGGAUGCUGCUGGAGUUUAACCCCUGCCUCGCUAAGUACUCCACUUUUGGUGGCCUCAACUCCCCACUCCACUUCGCCGCCGCCAAGGGCCACAACGAGAUUGUUAUGCUGCUGCUCGAGAAAGGUGCCGAGGUGAAUUCGAGGAACUAUUGUGGCCAGACGGCGUUGAUGCAAGCUUGUCGGCAUGGGCACUGGGAGGUGGUGCAGACUCUGCUGCUCUUCGGAAGCAAUGUCACCAGAGCCGACUACCUGAGUGGCAGGACAGCGCUCCACUUCGCUGCAGUGCAUGGGCAUAUAAGAUGUAUUAGGCUCCUGGUCGCCGACUUUGUCCCAAGUGCUCCCUAUGAUAUGCCGGCUUUGUCGAAGCAUGGAGGAGAGAAGGGGAGCGGCAAAGGCUGCAGCCCUGAUUCCUCUUUGGGGCGUAAAUCUGCGCUCUUGAGGUUUAUAAACAAGCCAGCAGAUGGUGGCAUUACGGCUCUCCACAUGGCAGCUCUAAAUGGGUAUUUUGAUUGUGUACAGCUGUUGCUUGAUUUAGGUGCCAAUGCCUCGGCAGUGACAUUUCAUUACGGCUCAACAAUGAAUUUGAUAGGGGCUCGAAGCACUCCAUUGCAUUAUGCAGCUUGUGGAGGGAACCUUAAGUGUUGCCAAGUAAAUCUGCUUAUGCUUCUUGCUAGAGGUGCCAGUAGGUUGACGUUAAAUUGCAAUGGGUGGCUUCCACUUGACAUUGCUAGGAUAUGGAGACGUGACUGGCUGGAGCCAUUACUAUCACCCAAGUCUGCUUCAGUCAUACCAACAUUCCCCCCAUCAAAUUAUCUUUCCUUACCUCUUAUGAGCAUACUUAAUAUAGCAAGAGAAUGUGGGUUGCAAUCCUCAACAGCCUCUUCUGAUGAUAGCGAUCUCUGUGCUGUUUGUCUGGAAAGAGCCUGCAGUGUAGCAGCUGAAGGCUGUGGGCAUGAACUCUGCGUAAAGUGUGCACUCUAUCUUUGCUCAACCAGCAAUAUCCCAUCUGACAUGAUAGGACCACCUGGGUCAAUCCCAUGCCCUCUAUGUCGAAAUGGGAUAGUCUCAUUUAUUAAAGUGGCCAGUACCCCAGCAAAGGGGCUCAAACCAAACUUAGCCCUAAGCCUCUGCAACCCAUGUAUUAUUCACCGAUGUGUGGAGCCACCAGAAACAGGUUGUAGAUCUGAGACUCGGAAGAACCGUGUGGUAGCAGUUUCUUCAGAGCUCGUCUGUCCGCUCACUUGCGGCCCAUUCCCUUCUGUUGGCAUCCCCUCCUGCAGCUGUGAUGAUGACCCAUGCCCAACACUUGAACCUGAAGGAGAAACUCAAGCACAGUCCCCUUGUCACUCGCAGGGUGCACCAAAUGAGCUGGACAAAAUGGAAGAGCAGAGAGUUGAUAGAACGAGCUGCUCAGGUAUGUUCUGGAAUAGAAGAAGCUGCCACAGAGAGCACCAGUGCAAUUCAGAGAUAAAUGCUUGAUUUGGGUUUUUCUUGUGAAUAAUCCAGUCUAUAGGAUUCCAAUGAGAGAGAUGACUGGCUAUUGUUUUUUUAGUGGCUUGCCUCAUUAUAAAUCUUGUAUGGUUAAGCUGUGUACAUGUUAUUUGCUUUCUCUUAAUUCACUUGGAAUUUCGGUAGUCAGCUGCAGCCUCCAAAUCUUUCAGGUAAUUCGAAGGUUAGGAUUGAUGGUCAUGUAGUUUGUUGUAAAGCAUUAUAUCAGGUCCAUGCCUUUAUUUGUUACCAAGUCAUUGGACUUCUAAUUACAUUUAGUAAUCAAAUGAGCAAUAGUUUCUUAUCAUGUAAUA